GAGGUCUCGUAAGCUACGGUAGUAAAUAUAUACUGAGUCAAUCCAGCCCCGGGGGUCGGGGCUCUCCAUCUCAUCCGGACCAAAAAUACCCAAGCAAACACCUCUCAACUGAAUUUCCUCAUUGCUAAGCAGAAGACCCCCUUCCUGACUUUUGAGUUGGCGGUACCCCGUCUACCUAUGUCUCAACUGGCAUCGGCGUCAUGACCCGACUCCCCCUACUGCUCGGCUUCCUGGCGCUUGCCUUCCGCGAAGUGAAUUCUGCGUCUGCAAACGAUGCUUGCAAGGAGAUCGAGGACGCCAUCUCCCAGGCCAGCGAGGUGGUCUAUCCCUACCAACUAGCGAAGUAUAACGACAACAUUGAGCAUUGGUUCCUGACGUCGACCGACAAGCCCGCCUGCGUCGUGGAGGUCGGCUCGCCGGAGGAUGUCUCGCUUGUGCUGCGGCUGGUCGGCGCGUCCCGGACGCCCUUCGCCGUCUACUCGGGCGGGCACGCGUCGAAUCCGGGGUUCUCGAGCACUCCGGGAGUCCAUAUCUCGCUGAAGCGCUUCAACCAGACAGAGUUAUCCCCUGAUGGGAAGACGGUCACAAUCGGUUUCGGUCUGGCUUGGACGGACGUUUAUGACGCCUUGGCGGACACCGGCGUUAAUGUCGUCGGUGGCAGGGUGCCUGGUCCUGGUGUGGGAGGGUUCACUCUCGGCGGCGGAUACUCAUGGAAAACAAACCAAUAUGGCCUGACUUGCGAUACGGUCAAGAAGUUCAAUGUCGUCCUUCCGAACGGGACCAUCACCGAAGCUUCCGAGCGCCGAAAUAGGGACCUCUUCUGGGCACUCAAAGGGGGCCUGAACCGCUUCGGCAUUGUCACCUCGGCCGAGUUUUACACUCACCCGCAGCCACCAAAAGUUUGGGGAGGUCUCCGCCUCUACCCAUCCCUCUCCGUCCCGCAGGCCCUCAACGCGACCGAGCGCUUCUUCCGCGAGAACAAGGAUCCCAAGGCGCAGAUCAUCACGGCCGUGGUGGGGGAUGCCCUGGGGGGCGUCUCGAUCCAGGCGCUCUUCUUCUACGACGGCCCGGAGAAGCCCGCCAUCUUCGACAUGUGGGACGGCCUGCUCACGACGCUGGACAACACGGGCCGGAAGUCGUACGCGCAGCUCAUUAGCAGCUUCCCGGCCAACCUAGUUCUGAAUGUGCGCGGCACGUUUGCCACCUUCUCGACGUCUGGGUUGACUCCUGGGUUUAUUGAGGCUGUCAGGGCCGAGGCCGAGGAUAUCGGGAAGGUCUCGGCACUGCACGGCGGCACAUCCGUCAGCUUCGACAUCGAACCGUUCACACAGUACGGCCGGCAUGCCACCGACAGUGCGUUCCCGCACGGCGACUCGCUUCUACCGCUGAACUGGAACUUUGCCUGGACCAACCCGGCCGAGGACGAGUGGUGGUAUGCACGGAUCCGCCAGUCUGUCGAAACGCUGAAGCAGGUGGCUAGCGAGGAAGGCAUCUACAACGACACCUUUGCGGAGUACUCCAACUAUGCGUUGUCGGAUACUACGGCCCAGGCGCUGUACGGGCCGAGAAACGCGCGCCGGCUGCAGGCUAUUAGGAAUCAGAUCGACCCGGACAGGGUGAUGGACCUGGCUGGGGGAUUUGAGAUCUAGUGCUGAUGGAUGCUUACUACUAUAUGCCUGUGUGUUCUUGGAUAUCCGGAUCUAUCCAUCAGGUAGUUAGAGUUAGCCAUCAGACCUUGUCAAUACAUUAUGUGAUUCCCCC